AUGUCCGAAUUCGCCAAGAUUCUCGACGAAAUGGACUUUGAACAGCGCCAGUCGCCUGUCAUCCAAGCUUUAAAGCUGGAGUCGAUUCUCAACGUCGCGGAGCUAAAUGCCAGGCAAGAUCGCCUUAAGGCGUCUAUCGACGCCAUUACUUCAAGGCCUGCUCCGGCACGGAACCUCUGUGUAUUCUGCUCGGGGACAGAAGAGGCCACAGCGCACCCAUGUGGAAGAUGCCCCCCGUAUACGGAUUCCGUCGCUCGGGCAGUCCAGGCCUAG